UACGACGACCUCGACGCCGACAGGAUUCCCCGCAUACCCCACCGCCCAUCUCAUCCCCUUGUCGACUCGCAUCUUACACCUCACACUCUGCCUGGCCUCCAUACACUCUCUUGACCGACUGAGUCUCUCGUUCUUCUCCCUCUGCCAUGGGGAUCCAAUUUGGUUCCUUUGACGCAAUUUGCCAGACUGCAGCCCUCGUCAUCUGCCCUCUCAUCGGCUCCAGCCAAGGCAUCGAGCCCUCAUGCUACAGCAGGAAUGUUGAGAUAUCGGGGACACUCAUAUUCCAGCCUUCGACAUGUUUCGUGCAUAUUGUCGCAAUAUUCAUGACGGGCAUCAUGAUCUUCCACAUUCGCAGCAAGUACACGGCAGUCGGUCGCAAGGAAAUCCUCAUGUUCUUCUACCUCUACGCGAUAAUAGAGCUUUUGGCCAUCUUCCUUGACUCCGGCAUCAUCCCUUCGGCCAACGUCAGCUAUCCCUGGUUUGCCGCAAUCUACACAGGUCUCGUUGCUGGCGCAUACACCUGUCUUCUCAUCAACGGCUUUGUCGGUUUCCAGUUCGCAGAAGAUGGCACGCCUCUGUCACUAUGGCUCCUGCGGAUAUCCACCCUUGUCAUAUUCGGCGUGUCCUUCUUCAUCGCGAUUGCAACGUUCAAGAAGAUCGCCGGAUUUGACUAUGCCAAGCCGAUUGGCCUGUGGAUCGUCUACAUUCUCUGGCCGCUUGUCUGCACCGUCAUCUAUAUCGUCUCCCAGCUCGUCCUUGUCUUCCGCACCCUCGAGGAUCGUUGGCCUAUUGGUGACAUAGUCUUCGGCACCGCCUUCUUCACCGUUGCCCAAGUCAUCCUUUUCGCCUUCUCGGUCACGAUCUGUGACGCGAUCAAGCACUACAUCGACGGUCUCUUCUUCUUCACCCUUUGCAUGCUGCUUAGCGUCAUGAUGGUCUACAAGUACUGGGAUAGCAUCACGCGCGAAGACCUCGAGUUCUCCGUCGGAUCGAAGGCGACUGUCUGGGAAGUCAAGGAUCCGCUUCUGGCUGGUGGCACCGAUUACGGUGAUGAAGACUCUGCAAGCAACUACACGCACGGAGGCCCGCCUGCAAGUCUUGUGGGUGGCGUAAGCGGGAAGCAGCUAUAUGGCAAUGGCGGCCGCGGGUACCCGCCUCCGAUGGAGAGGUUCUGAGCGGACGACAUGGGGCAUUGCGAGAGUUCGUGCGCACAGUGCAUGAGGGAGGUGGUAGCGAUGGCUCGACUCAGUGAGAUGACGAGCAAUGGACGCUGAGAUUACAGUGAUGUGGCCUGAGUGCGGAUACGGACGUACAUGCACGAUGAUUUCUCCCUAAUACCAUACACCUGUAUCACCUUACACACCCCAAUUUACAUCCGGCAGUCC